AUGGCAUACAAUAGGCCAUACAACCCAGACGAGCUGCCAAGAUUUGCAGAGCCAGAACAGAAAGGCGGCUCUAGACCUUCAGCUUCUCACUACCAGUCUAAACCACCGCCACCUGUGCCUGGUCCCUCCCGCCACGAAACCUAUCCCAACAGAAGGCAGGAUUCUCGGCAGGAUUAUAGACAAGAACCUAGCCACCGAAAUCAGUCACAUUACGGCUCAAUGUCACAUUCGCCCAUGUCGCCGCCCCCUCAGGCCACUGGACCGCGUCCAGCUGCGCACAACCGGCCACCGCCCUCGAAUAGGCCCCCUCCUUCACCGGUACCCCAAGAUGGUGCCGCUGACCCGAGUCUUCUACCAUUGUUUCGCGCCGUAGACAAAGAUGGCACAGGCCAGCUUUCGGAGCGCGAACUUUCAGCAGCACUCGUGAACGGUGACUGGACGGCGUUCGACCCACAUACGGUGCGGAUGAUGAUCCGAAUGUUUGAUAGCGACCGAUCAGGCACAAUCGGAUUCGAGGAGUUCUGUGGAUUAUGGUCCUUUCUAGCCUCGUGGCGGACACUAUUCGAUAGAUUCGACGUUGAUCAUUCAGGGAACAUCAGUCUCGACGAGUUCUCCAACGCUCUUGUCGCCUUCCGCUACCGCCUGAGCCCUGGUUUUGUAGAGCUAUUGUUCCACACAUACGACAAGCGUAGUGAAGGCGUGAUGAGCUUCGACCUAUUUGUUCAGGCCUGUAUCAGUCUCAAACGCAUGACAGACGUUUUCAAGAAGUACGAUGAUGACCGCGACGGUUAUAUCACGCUAGGAUUUGAGGAUUUCCUAGUUGAGAUAUUGAAACAACUGAAAUAA